UAAGUUCCCUAUUCACUGUUGGUGAUGGCGGAUGUUGUCGAAAUAGACACCAUGAAGAAUUAUCAUAUAGCCAUUGAGAGAAUAGACCCCGAUACGAGCCGUUACCCCUACUGUAUUGUGUGGACACCGAUCCCCGUGCUAUCAUGGCUGCUACCAUUUAUUGGCCACAUGGGAAUCUGCACUUCUUCUGGAAUCAUUCGGGAUUUUGCUGGGCCCUACUUUGUCUCUGAAGACAACAUGGCCUUUGGAAGACCAACAAAGUACUGGAUGCUGGACGUGGCCAAGGUGUACGCAAGCGGCUCCAAUGCCUGGGACACAGCAGUACACGAUGCCUCAGAAGAGUACAAACACAGAAUGCACAACCUGUGCUGUGACAACUGUCACUCCCACGUCGCCAUGGCCCUGAAUCUGAUGCGCUACGAGAACAAGACGUCCUGGAACAUGGUCAACCUCUGUCUGCUCUCCCUAGUCCACGGAAAACACGUCAGCUGUGCAGGGUUCCUGAAGACCUGGCUGCCCUUCCUCAUGUUGCUGGGAAUCGUCCUGACUGUGGCUCUGACCAUUAACCUGCGAUGACCAGCCAACCUGGUGGUAGGACACUGCUCACUGACAAGCCAGGGGGGCGAGGAGCAGAGGGGGCUGGGGUGAAGGAUUCCCUGCAGGAGGGCGGAGGGGGGUAAGCGAGGUGAGAGCACAGACAUGCCGGGGGGAGGGUGGGUUUGGACACCCCCUGCAGGUUGACCUUUGUAAGUGACAAGGUGGUAGGUAUCACUUCACACCUACUCUACCCUGCUUGUGAGGAAGGAGAGGACUGUGACAGCCCUGCAACAAACCAACUAAUGAGUGGAGGAUGACGAGAAGACCAACAACCACUCCACAAAACCUGUCUGUUUCUGGGAGCAGGCAACCUGGCUUUCACUGGAGGAGCUUUAUUUGUACAUGUGGAUGCUUAUUUCUGAAAUAUAUAUAAAUAUAUAUACACACACACACACACAUAUCCCAACCCCAUUUAUUUGCAAUGCUAUUUUCAAAUGUUUAGAUUUUCAACAAUCGCCAACUGUGGGGUUGAAAACCGUUGUAACCAUGGUUAAAUGCGGGGAACAGGGAUGUUGCAGGUUCUGUCGACUGAUUAUUGGUGUAGGGGGCUGGGCUUUUUCUUCCUUCCACGGGUAGCAAUCUUGUGUCACAUCUGCCAUGCUGAAACGAACACAAACAUCCAUCUAUUGACAAGGUUCUAUGAUGAUAACAUACUCUUCUUGGUCUUUUUUGUUAAUGAAAUUGAAGUUACUUCAAUGCCUUUUAAAGAAUAAUUACAUUUGCACUGUACACGUGGUUUCAUGGUUGCGUUAGUAGAAGUCUUUCACUAAGUGUUUUUAAUUUUUAUAAUUAUUUACUACAUUAGACUGUCCAGGAUAAUAACUCUACUAAAAGUGAUGCUUAUAUAUAUUAUAUAAGUCUAAUUUACUGCUUGUAACUGCAUCUAAUUAAAAAAGUAAGAUUUUUCUUAGAACUUGGACCUUCUGGUAGAUCUCUUCACAAUGGUUAUAGAUGACCGUGUGUAGGUUUUACAUAUUAUUACAGAUUUUUUAUGCUUCCAGCUGUGGCUAUGGUAACUCUGUUAAACUCUAGACUACUAACUUUGGACUGCAGAUACUAAUGAAAUGCAUGAUGUCCUUUAAUGCUACAGAGUUCAUUUGUGUUCUGUAAGCUAAAAUGUGAGUUUGCCAAAUAUAUAAUGUUAAAUGUUAGCCCAUCCUGGUCCACACAGGAGAGUGCCAAUCCCUUUACUGAUCUACUCCAACCUCAAACUAUGGGUUUCUCCCAGAAGAAGUACCUCUAAAACCUGUCUCUGCCAGGGAUAUUGACAAAGUGAAAGUCAUUCAUAUAGCUGGUGCCUGUACAACAAGUGUCUUCUAUUAUGGCACUUCCUGGUCGAUGUGUAUGUAAAUGAACAGCUCAAUUUAUAUGAAACGUUACAUUUUAUACCAUACAAUCCAUUUAGAUUUUGUCUGCAGUCGCCUGGUUUCAAGCAAUGGCUAAUCCUUGAUGAUGGUUGGCACACCAAAUCCGUUGCCAUGGCUUCCUUCUGCGGUGGCAGGUUCAAAUCCCCUCAUUGUUUGGAGUGAAACCACAAAGCGCUGAGUUGAGCCUUCUCUCUUCAGCUGUGGAGCUGCCAAAAGCAGCAGGUAGUCUGCUGGCUCCUCCAGGUUUACACACCAGUAACCUUGUCACAUUACCGAGCUGAACUUAACCGAGACAGAAUGUAGAUGUGUUGUGCCUGGCCCCGGUGUCCCCUGCCGAAAUGUACAGCUAAAUGAGCCUUUAGAGCCAUAUGAUGCUAUGGUUCUAACGAUUAAUAGGACACUGUGGUUCUAAUGAUAAAAUAUCUCUAGGCUUUUGAGAAAGAUUGUAUCUGGGCCAGCACAGCUUGGUUCAGGUCGGCACGAUAUUGUGAAAAGGAUAAUCCUCUCCUCCUGUGCCAGAGAAGUGCCGCUCCUGCUGUCUCAGAUCAGAUUAGAAGGACAUUGUGAAAUGUCAAUGCAUCUUAAUGCAGCCCUUUUCAAGAUUUCCUCCUUUCUCUCUUUGGAACUGCUGCUUUGAUAUUCCGCCAACUGUGGUAGAUGUUGAUUGCCACAAUGUGCUACUGCAAUAAGCAGAAAUAUGUGAACAUAUAGUUUUGGGUGGGAUGUAGGUUUGUAUACAGUUAAACAUUUUAGUUAUUUAGAUACUCUUAUCCAGAGCGACUUACAGAAAUAAGAUUUAGAUGAUAUAGGAUGUGGUUCCUUUGUUUUUCUUAUAUUCCAAUUUCCUGUGUUGCAGAACAGUGUUGUAUGCCAAAAUGCCAAUUCCGAGGGUUUCACACCCCACUGGUCCGCUAAUAUUGAGAGGUACUAUGGCUUCUUUAUAAUCUUUGUGUAAAUAAUAGACCAAGUAGUAAUGUCUUAGGUUGAUUGUGGUAUCUCAAAUGUGCAGUUUUAAUUUCCUGUUCUAAUAUAUAUUGUAGAAUAAC